UGGAAAAAGAAACAAUGAGUCAGUUCUUUGACAUGAUUGGAGGUGACAGACCGUCAAGACUUGCUUUCCGUUAUUAGAGCGUGGAAGACACUUCCGACCCUAUUAGAUCGAGUGCUCACAUGGAUACCAUAUGUUCCCCAUGUGGUGGGAUUUCCAACUCAGCGCGUGUCUACACUCUCUCUUCUUUAUGCUCGCCGGUUAAACGAAGACACUGCAUCGGGCUCUGAGACUGUCACGUAUGUAUCGGCCCGGACGCAAAUGAUAGCAGUAAAACACAAUUGAUUAUAUACGUAAAAUAAUGUUGUAGUACGCUAGCAGAACCACCGUCGUGCGGCACGUGACCUUUAUAUCCAGCCGCCUUGUCGGAGGUCCCCACUGCCUUUUCAGAGACAAAACUGGUCAUGCAGCAGACUGCUCCAUGCUCGUUACCAAAAAUAUGUUUGUUUUCAUGUUAUUAUACUGUAAUAAGCUUAUGUUAUGUGGGAUUCAUCACCCCCUGAAACUUCAGGUUUUAGAACUGGGAGCAUUGCUUUUCCAUAUUGCUGAUAUGAAAUGCUUUAGCGUGGCUGUUAAACCAGAUGAUGCAACUUGUGGGUCGCAUACUUGGAUUGGUAAGGGCCUCACUUGUGUUUGCUUCAAGCGAAAGGGAGCAUAUGAACGAAUUUGCAUUAACUUGACCCCUCAACAGGCAAAAAGAUUGAAGAGGUUGAAGGAUAGGAUGAAGGUAUAUUUUGAUGCUUCCAGGCCAGAUCACCAGGAUGCUUUGAGAGCUCUAUGGUCUGCCACAUAUCCCGAUCGGGAGCUGAGUGGUUUAAUAUCUGAUCAAUGGAAAGAAAUGGGAUGGCAGGGAAGAGAUCCAUCUACUGAUUUCAGAGGAGCUGGAUUCCUUUCUCUGGAAAACCUACUGUUCUUUGCAAAGACAUUUUCAAUAUCAUUUCAACAUUUGCUAAAAAAACAAGGAGGAAAACGAUCUGCUUGGGAGUAUCCAUUUGCAGUUGCUGGUGUAAAUAUCACAUUUAUGAUUAUGCAGAUGCUUGACCUUGAUGCCGUGAAACCUCGAACAUUUGUCAGACCAGUUUUCUUACAGAUUCUGUCAGAAAGCGAAUGGGCAUUUGACCUUCUCUAUUGUGUGGCUUUCGUGGUGAUGGACAAUCAAUGGCUACAUAGAAAUGCUACAUACAUGGAGUUCAAUGAUGUCUUGAAAUCUACUCGAGCUCAGGUAGAGAGAGAACUUCUAAUGGAUGACGUCUUACGGAUUGAAGACAUGCCUUCUUACAGCCUUCUCAUUUAGCAAUAACCUACUACAGUUUCAGGCCAGGCUGGUUCAGGCCACUGGUGUAUUUGUUAACAUUGAAGUUGUAAAGUCCCUUUCCUUUUCCUUUCAUCUACUCCCAUCUCCUCUCUUGCAAAGUUAAUUUGUGAUCCUGUUGUUUUGAUACAUGUCACAAUCUGAUGGGAAUACUCUGUCACGCCAACUACAACAUUCUGUUUUAAAGUUGUCCGAGGUGGGUGUAGAUGCAGAGAGUUGUGAUACUGAUGAGUAAUUUUGUAUAUUUACAUUUUUUGAAGCCCGAUUUACGAAGUUCAAAGGGGCAGAACUAUCAACAGAAGCUAGGAUGUAAAUGAAAAUUUGAACACUGUUCUCCUUCAA